AUGCAGACAACGCCAGCGCGCUCUUCGCGCAUCACAAAAUCACGAAAACCUAGCGCGGCUGCAGCAUUGGGUCUUCGCCGUUCUGUAUCAUCGCCCUCGUCAGCCAGUCCUCGGAGGAAGUCGUCGCAAUCAACGAAAGCCGGUUUAUUCAAUGAUGACGAGAAGCUCGACGACACAGGUGUGAUUGCCUCGCUUGCCACAGACCUCAACUUUCGCGAUGUGCCUCAGUACAUGGAAUACAUCCGUAACAGGAUGUUCAAUGACAUUCCCCAGAAGAAUGCUGGCAUGAACUCAACGCGGAUUGCUGAAACUCUGAACUAUCGAAUAGCGUUGCCGCCAAUCGUGACGCUUGCACAUCUUGACGCCUUGUGCGCAUCCUCUACGAAGACCGAACGAGAAAUUGCUGAGCUUGCUCAGGCAGGCAUUCUUCGAAGAGUAACCAUCCCUAAUCGCGGUAUGGGUCUUGCUUCUGUAGGAGAUGGUAUCGCUUCGGUGCAAGUAUGGGAACGCUUGGUCAGGUCGCACACUGCACUUACGCCUGAUGUACAAGAAAAGUACAUAAAUGCUAUGAAAGCCAAUCCGACGUCAACGACCAUAGCAAGCACUGCUUUCACACCAAGCGAGAUAUCGAGCCUGUCAGCCGCUGGGUUUUUAACCACUGCUACCGCACUUGACAAUAGAUCUUCUAUCUUCGCAAUGCCAGGCAGCGGAAGUCUCUCAUUCCUGUCAACAGCUGGGUCACGUCACGCAUCGGGUUCCUUGGGCGCGGUUGGUGGAGCUUCAGCAACGCAGCACAUGCAUGGAGGAACCGGCCAGCGUAUGGCAUCUACCGCAUACUACAACUUUUCGCUUCCGAAUACCGGCUCUCACACCAAGUUGAUCAUUGAAGCCCGUACGCACUUCCUCAGCCUUUUGAAGAGAUCCAAAUACAAAGAAGCGCCAUUAGGAGUAUUGAAAGAGCGAUGGGACGGCGGCAUUGUGGGCAAGGAAGACAUCGCCGAAAAAAAGAAAGCACGAGGAGAAUUUGCUGGCAUACUACCAGGACGCACGAAGAAGUGGAAACAAUUCCAUGGCUUGCGAUUCGAGUGGAUCUUAGAAGAGUGCACUGGCGCUGGUCUAGUCGAGCUCUUCGAGACCGGCAGUGUAGGUAGAGCAGCAAGGAUGCUUUGA